AUGGACGGGCCGGAACGUAACAGCGUCGAGACCGAGGACCGGCCUCUUCCAGCCCUUCCUCGUCGUGUGUCUACAUUUGAAGAGGAAGAGAAAGUGCCUGGUAGCCCGAAUUCAGCGGUCCGACCCCGACCGGGUUCCAUGCAGUCCUAUCAGAGACAGAAAAAGAAAGUUGUCUGGAAAGGCAAGACGUGCAUUAUAGCGUUGCCUCUGACGGACCGGCAAGCCACAGGUCUCCCACCUCUAUUGACGGCACAAGAAAUCAAGGAGCGGAUCCAAGGAUGGAUUGCUGCCGGGUAUCGUGUGGAUGGCUUCGAGUCCGGCGGCCUUCCCUCAGGCGCACCCGUCGAGAGCAGUGGCCAGAGCCGGCCUGUCUACCCAGAUCCGACGGAGAUACAGGCCGAGCGCAAGUCACGUCGUUAUCAAGUCCACGUCCCUGACCAAGCAGAAUGGGAUUCGUGGGUAAACUAUCUGAAAGAGGAGAAACUACGAGCGUUGGGUGUGAGUCCAAGCAAUUCGGACGCUCCUCCACCGACGAAGUCACCUUUCUUAAACACCUUGAGUCGGGUCUCCUCCGGUUAUCCAGGUCUGGCGCACUCACCUCCAAUCGCGCCCUCAUCUUCCGGAAGCAAUCCUGCGAGGCCGGUGGGCCAUACCUUUUCCCCUUCUCUGGUUUCGUCGACCGGGAUCAGCCCUCAGCCUCCUUCGGUGACGUCGUCCCAGUUUAAUGCUCUCCCGAUGCCACCGCAUGGUUACAAGCAGUCGGUUGCCCUGCCGAUUGCUCAGGGGAGAAUCAUCUCGCCCUUCGAGCCUUCGCUUUCCCAGUCAAGCUCAUUUGGUCCCGGGGCUCGGCCGAACAUACAGCCCCUGUCGUCGCGUCAGAACAGUUUCUCGCCAAACCAUCCCCUACAUCUCCCAAAUCUUGGGGAAGUCUUAUCUCCAAUGUCUCAAUCACGAGCCAUGGACGUGCGCGGCGUUCACGCCAACUUUAUCCCCGAAUCGGUCCGGCAUAAUCUCAUGCCAUCGCAAGGACAAGUGCGUCUCCCUCAGAAUCUGAACCAGACCACACCAAGCCCCGGCCUUGGCCCGCGGGUUGACCGCCUAGAUCGAAAUGGAUCCUCUAGACCGCCGAUCGAGAUUGCACAUCCUAAGCCGAAGAGUCAUCGUCACAAUCUCAGUAUGGCGCUUCAAAGGGAGAUUGAUGAAGCCGAAGCUGCAUUGCAUUCCAAGGAGGGGGAUGCCGAUGCCACUGAGGACUUUGAUGGGUUCGAAAGGAAGAAUUCUACCAUAGACGAGUCUUUGCAUGAGGAACUUCCUAUUCUCCGGCGUCCUGAGACAAUCACAGAUGAAAGAUCCGAGAUCGAGACCAAUCCGAGCAUAGCUGCGACUCCACUGCUCAUGGAUGACAAAAACCCUUUUGUGAAUUGGCAGGCCUUGAGUGACGCUGCCAAAGCCGAGCCCUCUACUGCUCAUGAGCGGGAUCGUUCACCGAACAAGUUCAAUGUGGAGGCGAAGGACUUCGAUCCUCGAGCCGGUUUCUCGAGCACGAACUUCUCCUUCGGAGGGGACACCUUCACGCCCUUUGGUCUACCUGUGCAGCCGCCUGCUCCCUCUGUGCCUAAGCCUUCGCCCAAGAGUAGGAUUUCGAUGUCUCAUCUCAAUGCGGAUGCACCUGCUUUCACUCCUUCAUUCAUGGCGCAGAAGACCCAGAAAGAAGCACCAUUCAAAUUCAGCUCUGCAACUUUCAACGUGGAAGCUCCGGAGUUCAAUCCUUCCCGACCGCUAUACGGGGAUUCCCAACGGAGUGUCAGCUACCCUGUUCGAGGGAGCACUAAAAGCCCAGACAGCAUAUUCGGUACCGUUGUCGUCGAUCCAGCAUCCAAGGUAUCGAGAAGAGCAAGCAAAGCCGUUCCAAUCCUCAACCCCACGCCAAAGCAUGACCAAGGGGCCGCGACAGAUACCGAUCCGGAAGAAGAUGACGGCCGACCUAUGGCGCCUACAGAUAGGCAGAAGCGUGUCCGACGCAGCAGCGAUGGGGAUGGCAAUGCUGUCUAUGCCGAAUCAGCACCGUUCCAUCACUCAAGGAUCUUGUCGGAGAUUGUCGACGAUGUCGACGCAAAUGGACCUAGGCUAGAAAGUCCAGAAAAAACUACUGAUGGCUGGGCCUAUAUCCCUGCAGAGGAACCAGAACGGCAGCUGGGAAGCAACGGCGAGAUAGCUUCGGGCCGAAAGGAAGACGAACUUGCCCCGAGUGAUUCAGAUUUCACUUUCACAGAUCAGCAAGACGCUGCCAAGUUCAACGAAGCUCGUCCUCGAGAGGUCGGCGACAAAUCUGAGACUGGAGAGGACCUUCAAGGCGAGGUGGCAGAGGAUCUUGGACAAAAGGUGCCGGGCCCAGAGACGUCUACAACCGCUGCAGGUCAUGAUCGGGGCCCCAAACCAGCCCUGUCGGCGCUUGCCAAACCAUUCGAGCUCACAUCCCAGUUCUCGAGCCCAGAUGCGGCCGCCUCGAUCGCCACUCCUCAAAAGCCCCAAGGACUGGAAGCUUCGAAAUAUGCGGUAAAAUCUAGCCCGAAACAAGCCUCCACCGAUAUUACAGCCACUCUUUCCUCCCCUCCGGCGGAUUUGUAUCACUAUGCGGAACCAGGAACUACCUUGGAGUCCGAUGUCGAAGAAGUCGUCGAAGUGUUUGAAGAAAGUACUGGUGAGGACACUGCUCCGUCUCGUCGAGAGCACGAGAGUUCGCCGCAGCAGUCCGAAGCUCGUGACUCCCCGCAUCACGUGGAAGAGGAUGAAUUCGACACCGAGCCUCCACGGCGACGACCGCAAGACGAACCUGUCCCAUCAUUUGAAGAGAUUGACGCGGUUAUGAAACAGUUUGAAGUGCACCCCGAAUUGGGCAUCGAACGGAACGAUACUCCGCUUCAAUUAUCACCACUCAUUGAUCUACGUCUUGGUCAAAACUUUCGAAGUGACGCUCCGAGUCCCAGUCCCCUGAGGCCUCAAACGGACCAGGGUCCUGAGAGUGAGAAAUCAUACCAUGCGUCAUUGGGGCAUCAAGUUGGAGUGCAUAACCUUAAUAGCGGCAGGGAUGACGUUAGCGAGUGGGAUGACACCUUGCCUGCUGCGGAAGAAGCCAAACUGCAACUUCGUUCCGAGUUUUUUGAUGGUCAUGUCGCGGACUUGGUCGGCGGCCUACUCGAGAAUCGCCUCGGUCCCCUAGAGCGAACCCUACAAGAGAUCCGGCAGUCUGUGGCCGUCGUGGCUUCAGAGACCAGGCCCAAGAGCAGCCGCCGCAGCAUUUCCCCCGGGCUCAAAAAUUCCGAUGCCGACGAUGAAGACGACCACGACGCUUGGGAAGGGUCCGCGUCCUACCGAACGAAAUCUCCCGAGGCGAGAAGAGGGGGCCGCAAGCAAGACAAGAUCCGUGCCGCCGUUACUGAAGCACUGGCUACAUACCAGGCAGCAGCCUUGUCUCAAAAUACAAUCGACAUGGCCGAGAUCAACACCAUUUUGCAAGAAUUGAGACAAGUUGCUCAGCAAACAGGAUCUCAGGAUACCCGGGCGGAACUGAAGACGAUUGUGGAAGACGUCAUCUCCCACCAUCCUCGGUUACGGGGUUCGAGAGUUCAGCAAGAUCACGAGACCACCGAAAUGAAGUACAAGCCGCAGAUCGAUGGCCUGGAGAGUAUGCUCAAGAUAUCGCAAGAACACGCUGCCGAGGAAGCUCGGCUGCGAAGGCAGGCAGAAGAGGAAAUCAACGAGCUGAAAUUGCACCUUCGUAUUGCCGAAGAGGAAGCCGCGCAGUACCGCGAGUCAUCGGAAGAGGCGCAACAUUCAUUGCGAGCUUUUGUCGAAGAGAAGGAAUCAUACAAAACCCUGGAGCAGGACAAUGAUGCUCUCAGUCUCAAAAACGCUGCUCUAGAGACCACCCUGGAGGAAUAUCGGGUUUCAAGUGAUCAGUGGCGGGAAGACAUCCGCUCGGAGCGUGAGAAGAAUAAAGAGCUCCGGGAGACGCUGCGUUACCUGCGGCAACAACUGGAGGAUCAGUCACACUCUCGACAAGACCUGCGAACGAAGCUGGAACGCGUGCAGGCCCACAUGACCCAGGUGGUGCAUGAUCUGCAUGCAGAGCAAGCAGAUUGGCGCGAAAGGGAGCACAGCCUGCUGAAUCGGCUGGCUGUCGUUCAAAACGAACUCGACUACGAGCGGAGACACCGCGAAAAGGCGGAACUCGAUCUCGCUGCCUUGGACAAGGACCACCGAGCCAACCUACACUUCAAGACCGCUCUAGAGCAAUCCCAACUGGAGGUUUCGAGGUUGAAUCAAUUGACCCUAUCUCUCCAAGAAGAGAACAGAGCGCUCGACACCAAAGCGUUUAAUCUCGACCGAGAACUGGCACACGUCGUCAACAGCAAAGACGCAGAAUUGGCGACGUCCACCACCAAACUCCAGGCCGAGCUUGACAGUACCAAAUUGCAGCUGCAGAGCAUCCGAACCGAUUCCGAGGCUCAGAUCUUGCGGCUGCAAAGCCGGCUUGACCAUGCCGAAUUGGACAUUGAAGAUCAAAAGGCCAAGCAUGACGCCUUGAUGAGUGAAACCAUCGACGCACACAAAGAGGCACUCCGAGAAGCCAACGAGAAGCGGGAGCGUGCGCUAGAAGACCAGCAUCAGACCCACGAGAAGAAACUCAACGACCUCCGCGACCGUCACACGAGGGAGCUGCAUAAUUCGUUCGACAACAGAACCCGGCUUGAACACCAUUUCAAUGAGACGUUGAGUUUGAGCAACGAUAAAGUGAAGCAUCUGGAAAGCAAGGUCGCCGAUCUCGAGGAACGACUAGAAAUUACCAAGUCGGCGGCCCGGGCGGCCGUGGAAGCGGCAGCAGCCAAGGGGGUCAACGUUCCCACUCCCGCACCCUCUGUCGUUGCAUCGCCACCUCAACGUGCCUCCAGCGCCUCGAUCUCUUUGGUCAGGGGGUCCGAUGUUCCGGAGAAAAUCUCGCCGCAGGCUCUGCGAGAGUCGAUUAUGGUUCUCCAAGAUCAACUGCAGAACCGGGAGCAAAAGAUUGAGAAAUUGGAAUCCGAGCUUGCCGCGGUCGACACCGACGCGCCCGGUAAGCUCAAGGAACGUGACACGGAGAUCACUUGGCUCCGCGAGCUACUCAACGUGCGGAUCGACGACCUCGAAGACAUCAUCAACCUUGCGUCGCAGCCGGACUUUGACCGGGACAGCGUCAAAGAUGCGGCGAUCAGACUCAAGGCGAAUCUGCAAAUGGAGCAACAACUCAAGGAACGUACGGCGUCCGGGUCGACAAGUUCGUUCCCAUCCCUCUCCGCGUUGUCAAGCUAUGCUCAAUCACCACGGGCGCUUCCAAUGGCUGCAGCUGCCGCGUGGGGUAACUGGCGAAGAGCCAGAGACACUUCGAUGGGGGCGUUGUCAGACCUGGCAUCCACCAUUGGCAGCCAAACUCAGACCCCGUCAAAGUCGACGCUCGGAAGUCCGGCCAGUUUUCUUUCAGGCAUUAUCACCCCCCCAAGCACGAGCCACCGGGCCGUUAGUGCUGCUGGAGGCGGCGGGACUGGUCCGUUGAACUCGAACGAGUUAUCGAUCCCCCCGCCGAGCAUGAGACCUCUGGCGGCGGUGGCGGCGGCGGCACAAGCACGAAAGGGAAGUGGGGAAUCGCCGCGACCGUUAAGAGCGUGGAACUCACAACCCAGGUCUCUGUCGAGCAGACAACAAGACAAGAGACGGGAGAGUAAUGAGGCACAAGAGAAGAGGCGCCUCAGUCCUGAAGCUCAGUUUCAGCCUGGGCCUGGGCCUGGGCCUACAUCACCGCGUACACCGACACCGGGGCUUGAAAAAUCCGGUCGACCGAACCCGAACUCGAACCUGAACCUUGAUCUCACAGAAGACGUGGACGACGACGCGUCUCUGCUGGAUAGCACGAUGACGGGAUCGGGGCAUCUCGAAGAUGCGGAGCCGGAGCCAGAGCGAGAGCCAGAGCCAGAGCCAGAGUCAGUACCGGAGCCGGAGCCGAUCACCCAAUAA